AUUCCAUUUUGGAUUCCUGGUCUGCUCUGAAUUGGACUUUACUAAACUGUGGACUUGCUGAUGAGGUUUGUAACGUCCCAGAGAAACCCAGAAACUGACCCUGUGGUCCUGUGGCUGAACGGUGGGCCUGGGUGCAGUUCCUUAGAUGGAUUACUUGCUGAAAAUGGACCUCUGCACGUGGACAGCGAUGGCAGAACACUCUACAUCAAUCCGUACAGCUGGAAUAAGGUGGCUAAUGUCCUGUACCUGGAGUCCCCGGCCGGAGUUGGCUUCUCCUACUCGGAUAAUCAGAACUACGCCACCAACGAUAACGAGGUUGCAGAAAACAAUUACCUGGCCCUGCAGGAUUUCUUCAGUAAGUUCCCCAGCUUCAAGAGCAACGAUUUCUACAUCUUUGGUGAAAGCUAUGGAGGCGUCUAUGUACCGACCCUGAGCCUGAAAGUUGCGGACGGAUCAGCUCCGAUUAACUUCAAGGGCUUUGGAGUUGGGAACGGACUGAGCAGCACAUUCUACAAUGACCAAUCACUUGUCUAUUUUGGAUAUUACCAUGGACUCUUUGGGGACACAUUAUGGAGCAACCUGAACACGUACUGCUGCCAAGGUGGAUCCUGCAACUUUGUCAACAAUGACAACUAUUAUUGCCAAGAAUCGGUCCAGGAGGUCUUCAUGAUCAUCUACAAUAGUGGACUCAACGUGUACUCGCUGUAUAUGAACUGUGCUGGUGGAAUACCAGGAAGUAACUCACGCUUCCACACAGAUCUCAAGAACCUCUUCCGAUAUUACAACUUUGAAAUACCAAAGCAGAAUGCAGCUACAUCAAAGAACAUGGCACCUCCAUGUAUCAAUGAUACCGCUCAGUGGACCUGGCUCAAUCGUGCAGAUGUAAGACAGGCUCUGCACAUCCCAGACUUUGUCCAACCUUGGGAACUCUGCAGUUCUGCGGUCAGUGCAAGCUACCAACGCAUGUACAGCAGCAUGCAGAAUUUCUAUCUGCAACUGCUCAGCAAGGGUCUCCGAGUGCUGGUAUACAAUGGGGACACUGACAUGGCCUGUAACUUCCUUGGAGAUAACUGGUUUGUGAAGUCGCUGAAUCAGCGGAAAACCCGAGACUAUCAAUCAUGGAUUUACAAUGACCAGAUCGCUGGGUUCUAUGAACAAUACGAGAACCUUACCUUCCUGACUGUCAAGGGGGCUGGACACAUGGUACCACAGUGGGCACCAGCACGAGCUUUGAAGAUGUUUGAAUCUUUCCUGUCCAACUCUGCAUACUGAUGAGGCUGCUGCCUUGACUAGACUGCCUUCUCUUGCUACUUUGUCGUUCAUCUUUUUAACCUUUCUCUCACGCACAAAAUGGGAUUUUUAUUGUAGCACAGCGAGCAAAACAAGCAGCACCAAACUGAGACAAAAGAAAACCAAACUGAAAAUACCUCAAUGGAGAGAAAAAAAAACAAUACUAGUUAAAGAUGAGCUGUUUUUAGUAAUUCAGAGAAUCAUCUGCAUUUGUUCUUAUUCUGUACACGUAAGAGAACCAACAUGAUUGAGCAACAGCUCCAAACAAUGUGCAGGACAGUCUGACUAGUCCACGGUUAUAUAAAUAGAGCUGUUAAGAGAGCAAUGCUUUCCUUUACUGAUGGCAGUCUGCUCAGUAGGGGCUCUCAGAAUUCCUGGAGCUAUUAAAGCAACCCUGGUCAGUGUUGCCAGGACUAUCUUUAAUACUGCUAAUGCCCAUGUUUCAGGGUGAAAUGCCCUCAGCAGGUUCUCUAUCCUGGCUGAGUGCUGUUGCUAUUUUAAGGUAAAAAUCCCAUUUUGGAAUGAAGCGUUUCUGUAAUUUUGGGAUUGCUAAUCAUUGGAACGUCGAAUGUCCACAAG